AUGGCAAGUAAAUGGUUUGUCGUAAUAUCAUUGUAUUUUUAUUUGAUUUUUUAUCGAAUUCAUUCUCGUGAAUCUUCACUACAAUGUUGGCGAUGUGAAGUUACAAUUCAAUCAUCUAAACAAGCUGAAGUCUUUCUUGAUGAUUGUGAAGCACAUUUUGAUUUUACACAACAUACAAGAGAAGAUUGUAAUGGUAAAUGUUGGAAAUCAGUUGAUUUAAUUGAUAUACGACAACAAUUUGAAAAUAGAACUCAUGAUCAAUCAUUAAUAAAAUAUAAAAAUCGAUCAAAAUUAAAAUCAAGUCGUCGAUGUUUUUCAGCUGAUGAACUUAUACGAGCUGCUGAAUUAAGUAUUAAUACAUCAGAUGGUUGUCGGCAACUACGGAGUUGUAGUCGUUGUUGUAGUCGUAGUAGCAGUCGUUGUGGUAGUCGUUGUGGUAGUCGUAGUAGCAGUCGUUGUAGUAGCAGUCGUUGUGGUAGUCGUAGUGGUAGUCGUGGUGGUAGUCGUAGUAGCAGUCGUUGUAGUAGCAGUCGUUGUGGUAGUCGUAGUAGCAGUCGUUGUUGUAGCUGUAGUGGCAGUCAUUGCCGUAGUCGAAUUUGUAGUUAUCGUACUUAA